CUUCUCACAGACCAAUUAACUGUUUUUUCCUACCGUACCCUCGAAUAAAAGUUCCAACAGACUCGCAACAAAAGCUUCUAGGGUUUUCAGGAGGCAACCAGGAGUCGAAGCCGCUGCUUUGUCCGUCCGGAAUGGCGAGGAUCAAGGUCCACGAGUUGAGGAACAAGUCCAAGGUAGAUCUAUUGGCCCAGUUGAAAGACCUCAAGGCGGAGCUUGCUCUCCUUCGUGUCGCCAAGGUUACUGGUGGUGCGCCCAACAAGCUCUCCAAGAUAAAGGUUGUGAGACUAGGAAUAGCGCAGGUGUUGACGGUGAUAUCCCAGAAACAGAAAGCUGCGCUUAGGGAGGCCUACAAGAAGAAGAAGUUCCUGCCCAUCGAUCUCCGUCCCAAGAAAACCCGGGCCAUCCGCAGACGUCUUACCAAGCACCAGGCAUCUCUGAAGACAGAACGCGAGAAGAAGAAGGAUAUGUACUUUCCGUUGAGGAAGUAUGCUAUCAAAGUGUAGGCUAGGGUCACUGCUCUCAAGUUUUUCAUUUAAUGAAACAUGCCACAUUUUUACUGAGGCUGCGAUUUAGUAGCAGCCUUGCAGGCAGCCUUUUUGUUGAUCUGUUAUAUGCUUGAACCGCUUAGCUCGAAGUUUUAAAUAAGAGUUUUUUCUAGGUU